UCCCAAAAGACGUUUCUUUUUUCAUCGAAGGUAAAACCAAGUCCUUUUAUGUACUGUCGCCGAAAUUUUCUCUCUCUUCAAUAAACGGCGAAGAUUCGAUCAGAAGAACAGGGGACGACUGACUGCAAGGUAAGAAAGAACUAUAUCUUCAGAUUGUAAUAGUAGCAUCAUCAAUGGCGGACUAGUCGAACGGUUUCAUUGCCAAUUCACCUUACAAAAACGGCGGCGUUUUCACCGGAUUUCAUUCUCUGUAGUCAGAUUCAGUUCUCGAAAUUUCCUCCAUUGCAUCGGAACCCUAGAUUGCUUUAUCAGUUCUGGAGUUAACUCAGGCCUCAGCUUCUAGUGGCAGAUUGCUUCUAGCAUUCUACUAUUUUGGUACUCCACUUCAUCGUGUAUCUGGAUUGUACUCAGCCUGAAUAUUAGCUUAUAUCUGUGAGCGGUCUCACGGAAUAUAUUGGCUAGGUUCAUCUGGCUUAGUGCUGAAGUGUUAAUGAGUAGCACAGGCAGUAUUGUGUUUGAAGGUGAUCAAGGCAAGUCAUUGCAAUCACUGUUGUUGGGUUAUAAGACUUGUCAAUCUGAGAUAUAAAAGUCGACUUAUUGGAUCUGGUGCAUUUCAGGAAUUUAUUUCGUUGAAGUUAUUCUUAGGGAAGUUCUUCCCAUGAGGUAGCUGGAGCUAUAAAAUAUCUUGUGGUUCACAAGCAAAAUGCUAUAUAAUUGGAAGAAGCCUCACAUUAUUUUCUCUACAGUGCUUGAGGUUGUUUAUGUUGCAAUAUAACUAGCAAUUAUGGAACAACUAUCAGAGAAAAAGUUCCCUGUCAAUGCGAAAGAUUAUAAGUUAUAUGAAGAAGUUGGAGACGGUGUUAGUGCAACUGUGUAUCGGGCUCUGUGCAUUCCUCUUAAUGAGAUUGUUGCAAUCAAGGUUCUGGAUUUGGAAAAGUGCAACAAUGACCUGGAUGGAAUCCGGAGAGAGGUGCAGACCAUGAUCUUGAUUGAUCAUGCAAAUGUAUUGCGUGCACACUGUUCCUUCACUGCAGGUCACAGCCUUUGGGUUGUCAUGCCAUUCAUGGCCGGAGGAUCUUGCCUUCAUAUUAUGAAAUCUUCUUAUCCUGAUGGUUUUGAGGAGCCUGUAAUUGCCACAUUAUUGCGCGAGGUCCUCAAAGCCCUUGUAUAUCUUCAUUACCAUGGACACAUACAUAGAGAUGUAAAGGCUGGGAAUAUUUUGAUUGAUUCCGAUGGUGCUGUUAAAUUGGCAGAUUUUGGAGUUGCAGCUUGCAUGUUUGAUACUGGUGAUAGGCAACGUUCAAGAAAUACUUUUGUUGGAACUCCAUGCUGGAUGGCUCCUGAAGUGAUGCAGCAACUGCAUGGAUAUGAUUUUAAAGCAGAUAUUUGGUCGUUUGGAAUAACAGCCCUUGAACUUGCUCAUGGUCAUGCGCCAUUCUCCAAGUACCCACCCAUGAAGGUUCUGCUGAUGACCUUACAGAAUGCACCCCCAGGCCUUGACUAUGAACGGGACAAGAGAUUCUCCAAGUCUUUUAAAGAAAUGGUUGCUGCUUGCUUAGUGAAAGAUCCAAAGAAGCGGCCAUCUUCUGAGAAGCUUUUGAAGCACCCUUUCUUUAAACAAGCACGAUCAAAUGAUUAUUUGGCACGUUCAAUCCUUGAUGGCCUCCCACCUCUAGGUGAUCGUUUUAGGAUGCUUAAGGCAAAAGAAGCAGAUUAUCUCUUACAGAACAAGGCAAUGUAUGAGGACGAGGAUCAGUUAUCACAGUCUUUUUGUUUAUUUAUACUCAUAACGCUNAACCUGGAGGAUCUGAAGAGCCAAGCUGCGCUGCUUCCGGAUUAUGACGACAUUCCAGAUGCUGAAGAUUCAAGUACUAGUGGGAAGCUGCGGGAGGGGAAUAGUGAUAUUGGUUCUAUAGCAGAAAGGCCUAAUCAGCCAAGUGUUUCUCAUGAGGAUGAGCUGAAUGAUGAUCAUGAUUUGGACAGUUCACUUGCUGCAUUUCCUAUUAAGCCUCUUCAAGCACUCAAGGGGUGUUUUGAUGUGUGCGAAGAUGACAUAACUUCUAGUAGUCCAAGUUGGGAAGAUGCUAUGCAAUCAGAGUCUAAUCAGCAGAACUUUAUGCUGUCACCAGCAAAAGUUGAGGACCAAGACAAUGGAAAAGAUGAUGGUGAGAAUCUGCGACAGAGUAGCUCCUUGCCACGUUCUGUUAUUCCAGGGCAUAAAAAGUUUUUUAGUGGUUCACUGCUACAGGAUAAUGCUCUUUCACCCAAAAAAGUUGUUACUGAUGGCGAGAGGGAAUAUCAACAUCCAAAGUACCAGGCUGAACGAAACUAUAGCGGUCCAUUGCAGUAUCGACAUAAGAAAGACUUAGGAGAAGAUGCAUCAGAAGGAGCUGUCGUCCAACGCAAGGGACGUUUUCAAGUCACAUCAGCAGAUCUGAGUCCCAAGGAACCUACAAGCUGUUUCUUUAACCCAGGUCAUGGAGGUUCUACUAGUCCAAGCAAUCUAGUUGCUUCACUACUUCCAUCAUUGCAAUGCAUUCUACAGCAGAAUACUUUGCAAAGGGAGGAAAUAGUGAAACUGAUCAAGUUUGCGGAGCGAGCAUCUGUCAAUCCUACAGACUUGGCUGAAGCUGGGACCAGUGAUCUUCCACAGAUGUCUCCUCCUUCUGUUAGGGAGAGAGAAUUGCAAUCUAUGGUCAUUCAAAUGCAACAAAGCAUUGGAAGUCUUGUGGAGGAGUUGCAGAGACAAAAGAUGAAGAAUAUUCAGUUGGAAAAGAAAUUGAAUACAGUGGUGAAGAAAGAAUAGAGAAGGUUGCACCACAUGGCUGGUGAAGUUUCUCUCAUGCUCGUGCUAAGGCACAUCGUUAAGCUAGUUGGGCGAGUGGGUUGUUGUAAUUUUUGUGUAACAUAUGUGUGAAUUUAAAGUAGGCACCAAAAUUUUGAGAUGCUAUUCAUUGUCAGAAUAUCUAUGAUCUAUUGUAAUAUACCAAUUUGGUAUUGUAUUUAAGUAGUUGUCCUUCAAAAUUAAUUGAAAGUCAGGGAGCAAAACUAGCUACUUGUGUAAAUCACCCUGCAAAACCUAGUUCCUUGUUUCAAAGUAUGACCAAUAAACCUGUAUGGAGGAGUC